AUGCACCUUCAGCGCCUCAUCCUGCUCCUUGUAGGAGGUAUUCUACUUGGACUCACUGUUAGCAGUGUCGACGCAAAACCCGGCCCAGUGAAACGAUUCUCUAUUAAGAAGAAAGCCCCCCCGUCUCCAAAAUUUGAGACAAAGGCUCAAAAAUAUGCUCGUGAGCUCACAACUAGGAAGCCCACUAGAAGAUCCACGGCAAUGCGCCGCCAAACAUCUCCUAUUCCUACUGUAUCUGCCACUAUUGGAGCGACCGAUGAAUUUGGAACAAGCAUUGGAAGCUUGGUAUAUCGCGAACAGACUAUAGAGUGGGCAGUUAGCUCGGACGAUACUCCAGCAAUCCUCAUUGUCCCUCAGGCGGGUUUCUCAGCUACGAGUACCAGCCGAGUGCAGACUAGCACUCUGGCUUGGUCAAGUUGCGCAGCAAUGACUGCCCAAGAAGCUUCCACACUAGUAUUGGGGUCCGGAUCUCUAACCGCAUUAUGCCUUAGAAAUGUGGUGGAACCUGCCGGCCCCGGAAGCCCUCCUAAAACUAUCGUUGUAACUGAGAUGGGUCACGUUUGGGUCUAUGAAACCGAUAUUUGGGGUCCCGGUGUUGUGAAGUGGGUCAACCAUGAUUUCUCCACAACCGACAUCACCACCGUUUCAGUGACAUCGUCCUAUCACUACCCUGAUGGUCCCCAGCUUUUAGGUUUACCUGACGUAUCAGCAUAUAUAGGUUAUUUGAUGAGCAUCCAAAUCGCAGCAGGGUACCCUUUGGAUCAAUAUCCGAUCUUUUAUACGGUUGUGGUGAUUUCCUCGUUUAUUAUUUAUCGUACUUUGAAAAUUGUCCAACAAGUCAAAAAGCGUAUGCUGUACGCUCUGCCAUUAACAGGGCAUGACUCAGAUACCAAAUUGAAAACUUAG